AUAAUCUUUACUUGUUAUUUGAAGGGAUUAUAUUUUUAUUUUGGUACAAUAAUUAUAAAAAGUAAAGCGCUGAGACUGCUUAUAUUGAUAACGAAAUAAUUAGGACUGCAUUAUGGGGUCGAGUGAAGUAACGAAGCUUCAACAGCAUCUAGCUCUACUUAAAGAAGAGUACGGAAAGCUACAGAGUCAUUGUGCUGAAGUGGAGCGAAAAUAUACUCUUGCGGCGGCUUCGGCUGGCGAUCUAAGUGAAACCAGUUUUGUUGCAAGGCUUCUUAUGACAGUGUCCUCUUUAUACGGAAGAGAAACAUAUUCAGAUAUUAAAAUUAAGCUACAGAACAAGCAUGUUCCUGGACAUAAAUUUGUUUUGAAUGCUCGCUCUGAUGAUUGGAAUGAAGAAGCCCUCAAGAACUUGUCAGAACUUGAUUGGUCAACGCUACCCGAUGAUGUUGGAUCGGGUCUUUUGAAGUGGCUGUAUACAGAUUUAGUAGAUCUGUCUCGGGGAGACUCAUUUGCUUUGCAACUAAUGAAAUCAGCAGCUGAUUACAAGCUGCAUGGACUUGUCGGAAAAUGUGAACAAGCCCUCAUUGCAUCUGUUGGAGUUAGGACUUGCGUAAAGUUUUACUCAGCCGCAGAUGAAAUUGGUGCUUUAGCACUGAAAGAACAUUGUUCCGGUCUAAUAUCUGCCCACUGGGAUGAUUUAACAGGUGAAGACUUUGCCCACAUGUCGUCUGCCCUGCUGUACCGCAUGUUGAAGAGCAAGACAUCACAGCCGCUGCACGGCGCCGUACGACUACUUCGAGAGGACGUCGUGUUCCUGUGCCUCGUGGAGAACCACACUAAUUUGACGGACAUCGUAAACGCGAUGUCGUCUCGCGGCGAGUUGCCGCUGGAGCUGGCUCUGCGCGGUCGGAGUGCGUCAAUCGCCACGACCCUACUGCAGCACUGCGCUGACCCUGACGCUAGGGGACCGCGUGGUAGAACACUGCUACACAGGGCAAUCGAUGCCAGGGACGCUUUCUCUGCCAAGUUUUUAGUUGAUAAUGGAGCCGAUCCUAGUCUUACUACAAAAGAGGAAGGUGACACGGUCCUACAUCUUAUAGCGGCUCUCACUUCAAGUUCUUGCGAUCCGGAAACAAUGGAACAAAUGGUGGAUAUAGCAGAAACCGCGAUCAACAAAGGGGCAGAAAUAAACCGACAGAAUAAAAAAGGAUAUACACCCCUACAUCAAGCAGUCAUCGCGAGGAAUAACAGAAUAUUUGAUAUAUUACUCAAGCAACCUAACUUAGAUACAAACCUACGUACCGUAUCGGACGAGCACCCUCCCUUGUACUACGCCCUCGUUGACGAUAGAAGGGCCUCGAUAUCGUCUAGCGAGACAUUAGUAAUGAACGGAUCAAAUCCUUUCGAUACACCCGUGACGAAUAAGAACGCUUUCACUGAAGAUCCGGUGGAAGGGAAAUCAGACAAUAUCGUGGAAAGAGGUUUUGCUGCGAAGUUGUUGGAGAAGGGGUGCCAACCCAAUCCCUUGUACUCCGGUUCUGGAGAUAGUCUGUUGCACAUCUUGGCGCAGGGCUGGUUUGAGGACUCAGCCGUGUUUCUAACGUCGCAUCUCAACGGCGAUCUGAACCACUGCAACGAAGCCGGACUGAGCGCUCUCCACGCUGCCUGCGCUAAUGGUCUGACGCGGUUAACAACGGCGUUGUUGGAAAACGGAGCUCGGCCUAACAUUCAAACAGCGUAUGGUGAACACGAGGAUACAGUUUACAGACAAACUCCUCUUCACCUAGCCGUGUUAAACAACCACGAAGGGUCGGUGACAGCCAUCAUAGAACACAAGAAAAUGGUAGAGAAAGGCGACCUGCCCGCCGCCGACCGCUCCAGCGUAAGCCUCGUACCGAACCUAAAUCUGAAGAACUCUGAAGGCGACACUCCUGUCAGUCUUGCCCUUACUGAAGCCAACGUAAUAAUUAUUUGUAAAGUUAUUUGCAAUAACUAUUACAAAUUUUUCUUAGGUCACAAGCAUCUGGUGGCGCCGCUAGUGGAAGGAGGCGCGGACCCCAACAUCCGCAAUGGUAAAGGGUUCACACUGCUGCAUCAGGCCAUCGUCGAUGAAGACUCCAGGACCGCCAUCUACCUAUUGGACCACGGCGCCGACAUGAACGCUCUGACGGACGCGGGCGAGACGCCGCUGCAGCUGGCCAUCCACUGCCGCCUGGGGCUGGUGCUGGAGGCGCUGUGCGUGCGCGGCGUGGACAUGGGCCGCCUGGACGCGCACGGCGUGCCGCCGCUGUGGGCCGCGCUCGACUCCGGCCAGGAGGAGGCGGCCAGCAUUUUAGUUCGUAAUGGCGCCGACGCUGACUGCUGGGGACCGGGCCCUGACGGAUGCCUACAAACCUUAUUACAUAAGGCAAUAGAUGAGAAUAAGGAGUCCCUUGCCACAUUCCUCAUCCGGUCUGGUUGUGACGUCGAAAGUCCUAGGAAGACGGGACCCAACGGUGAAGGCGCCGAGGUAGCUUCAGAUAAACAGGCGCCCCUCCAUCUCUGCUGUACGUGGGGACUUACAGAAGUUAUACAGACUCUUCUAGAACACGGAGCAAACAUAAACUCGAAGGACGCCGAAGGAAAGACUCCUCUUCACAUCGCAAUAGAGAACCAACACGCGGCCAUCAUCUCUCUUUUGCUAUCUCAACCGGGCAUCGACCUGUCGGCGCGUGACAACAAGGGCGUGACGCCCUUCGCGGCCGCGCUCACCGCCAGGAACAAUAAGGCUGCUCAGGCCAUCCUGGAGAAGAACCCUUCCGCCGCCGAACAGGUGGACAAGAAGGGUCGCAACUUCCUGCACGUGGCGAUCCAGACGUGCGACAUGGAGAGCGUGAUGUUCCUGCUGUCGGUGGAGGUGGACGUGAACUCGCGCGUGCAGGACGCGACGCUGGCGCCGCCGCUGCACCUGGCGGCGGCCGGCGGCAACGAGGUGCUGCUGCGCAGUCUGCUGCUGGCCGGCGCGCGCCCCAACGACCGCGACGCGCACAAGCGCACGGCGCUGCACGUGGCGGCGGCGCACGGGCAGGCGGGCGUGGUGAGCGCGCUGGCGGGCGGCGGCGCGGACUGCGGCGCGGCGGACGCGGCGGGCGACACGGCGCUGCACGUGGCGGCGCGCGAGGGCCACGCGCCCGCCGCGCGCGCGCUGCUCGCCGACACCGACCUGGACGCCGCCGCCGCCAACCUCAAGGGUCGCAAUCCACUCCACGAGCUCUGCUGGUGUAAAAAGGACAACGCUGCAACGAUAUGUGAAAUUUUUUUAGAGUUUAUGCCCGAUUAUCCUAUCAAUAGGACCGACUUACAGGGCAACACGCCGCUGCUGCUGGCCUACAUGAACGGGCAGGGCGCGCUGUGCCGCGUGCUCGUGCGCGCCGGCGCCUGCCUGGCGCACGAGAACAAGGACGGCGUCUCCAUCUUCAACUACCAGGUAGCGACGAAGCAGCUGCUACAUCGGCUCCUAGACGCGUUGCCGGCCGAGGCGCCGUGGGCCGAGAGCGACCUGUGCCAGGAGUGUGGGACUAAGUUCACGCUCACCAUGAGGAAGCACCACUGUCGUCACUGCGGAAGGAUGUUAUGUAACAAGUGUUCAAGUCAAGAUAUUCCUAUACUCAAGUUCGGAAUGAACAAACCUCAACGGGUUUGCGAAAUAUGUUUUAACGUUUUACAAGUCGGCGCCAGUUAGUUAUAAACGUGUUAUUUAAUUAUAUUAUGAAGUGUGAUAAGUUAUUAUAUAAUAUAAAUGAAAUUAGCUAUGGCUUUUUAUAUGGUUUAAGAAUUUUUUAUGAAAUGUAAUGUCUUUAAUACAAUAAUAUCCUAUGAAGAUAAAUGAAACUAAGCAUUGUAUUUUAAGUGCUGCAUUUCAACUUUAUAGUUCAUUCUUUUUAUUGAUAGAUCUCGAUUUUUAGAAAUAGAAAAAUAACACUGUCUAUCACUAUCUUAUAAAUUUUAAAAAUCCUAAUUAAAUCCAUAGUAAAAAAUAUUAUUUGACUAUUUAUAAUUUUAAUUUGAAAAUUUGUUGUUAUAUAUUAAAAAAAAAAAUUGUUAUGCCAAAGUCAGUUUUCCUUUGACUUUUGCCAGCUUUAAGUAUAAUUAAUUACAUAUUAUAAUUUUAAUAUGAAAAUGCUAAUAUAUUUUUAUCUAUUGUAA